AUGCCCGACCAUCUGCCUUUACCGCCCCCUCCUGCCCCAAGCGAUGCGUCACCGCCUACGCUGACCGAGGAGCAGGACGGCAUGCAGAAGAAGGUGCACGAGUACUUCAGCAAACCAGAUUACACGUUGCCGAACGAGAAAGAUGGGAUACUCUCUGACGAAGAGAAGAUGUGGUUGUCGUAUGAGUGCAUGCUACGGUAUCUACGAGCAACUAAAUGGGAUGUCUCGAGUGCAAUCAAGAGGCUAGAAGGCACCCUCAAGUGGCGGCGGGACUAUGGCCUGUACACCACCAUAACGCCGGAGCACGUCGAACCGGAGGCCUUGACUGGGAAGGAAGUCGUCUUCGGUUACGACCUUGAGCGCAGACCUGCACUGUACCUGAUACCCAGCCGCCAAAACACCGAGGAAUCGCCUAGACAAAUAGAAUUCAAUGUCUGGAUGCUGGAGCGCACCAUAGACCUGAUGGGUCCUGGCGUUGAGACUUUGGCACUUAUGAUCAAUUUCGGCGAGAAAUCCAAGAUCCCUUCUUUUGGCACUGCGAAGACUGUUCUAGAUAUCCUCCAGAACCACUAUCCGGAGCGUCUCGGCCGAGCCCUCAUUAUCAAUGUCCCGUGGCUUGUUAAUACUUUCUUCAAAAUGAUCACCCCUUUCAUCGACCCGAUAACGCGGCCCAAACUCAAGUUCAACCCUAACGUGGUCAAGGACGAGCUAUUUGCGGCAGACAUGGUGAUGAAGGAUAACUGGAGCGGCUCCCGCGACUUCGUCUGGGAACACGAGCAGUACUUCCCGGCACUGGUCAAGUUGUGCAGUGAGAGAAAGCGAGCCAUGAUGGAAAGAUGGAAACAAUUAGGAGGGUCCGUUGGCUUGAAAGAGUGGGAUAUGAAGACAGGGUCGAGCGCUAACCAAACAAUGGCAUAG